CAAGCCAAGAAAAGUUAUUCCAAAGAAAAGGAACCUUGAUGUUAGUCCUAUCUCUAUGCUAGCAUUGGAUACACGUAUUCAUUCUGUAGAGAAGGAGCCCAAUAAGAAUUCUAAAAAGAACAAAAACGUGCAGAAAAGAAAAUAAAAUGAAUUUACAAGAGAAUACAGGAAAUAACAUAAAAAUACAGAACUUCAUGAAUAACCUCCCUCGAGCAUCAGAGAAUGCUCGUCCGAAGAUGACAAAGAACAAGACAAAGGUAAUUAGGUAUCCAAAAGAAAGAUCACAGAAAAUUCUGCAGCAAAAAGGAAGAAACUUUGUUCAAAAUCUUAAAGCAAUAGACUAUCGAAACAAGAGAGAGAAAAUGAUUGCAAGGUCUUUAGAAGCAGCAGGAAAUGAUAAGUUUAGGAACAAAAAUACUAUGAAAAACUCCAUCGAACACUUUAUAGGCAUAGCUGAAAAUGCAGCCGGCACUGAAGGAACUAAUUCAAAUCCCCCAGAUAGAAAGACAUCAAAAUUUGGAGAAACUCAAAGCAUAGAUGGCUGUGAUCUCUGGAUGACUCAGAACUUCCAUCUUGGCAGAAGUCUAGAGCUUAGUAAUGAAACCAAAAGCAUGGAGAAAAAGUUUAUCAGAUUUUCAUCCACUAGCAAAGACUUCUUCAAAAGACUUGAUCAGAGUAUCGAGGUUAAUGUAAACGAGGGUCUAAAACACAUGAACAGUUUUCAAAAAUAACAAGCUAAAAUCCCUUAGGCUUUCUAAAAAUUCCCUUGAAAGAUCCUUAUUAAAUGCAGAAGACAAAUCUAUUAAAGAUAUCGAUUACGAUCUCCUCACAGAAGAGGAGAAGGAAGUGUACAAUAAGAGGAUCAAAACUAAACUGAUAGAGUUUAAAUAAAAAGUCUGAGGAGAUAUACCCAGAUUCUGUUAGAAAUCAGCAAAUAUUAUUCAAAGACAGGCUAAAAUUUAACAAGAUGAAACUACAAACAAUGAGGAGGUUUAAGUUCCAAAAGUUAAAGAAUGAUGGUCUUGGUACAUUCAAACAUCUAGCAAAGUACGAAAUAAUCAGGUCAAGAGAACCGAAGGUAGAAGACAAGCUCCUUAGCUCCAAGAAUAACAAAUCUAAGGAAUUUGUGAAGUUCCUUAUCUCCAAAGUUAUUGAUACGAAAAGCAAGAUUAAAACCAAUGAAAAGAAAUCUCAGCAUUUUUUUAAGAAUACUUUUACAAAUCAGAGGAAUUUUACUCAAGAAAGAAUAUCAGGAGCAGAAUUCAAAUCAAAAUUUAUUGAGAAACACAAUAAAGGCUUGUUUUGUAGGAAGUCAACUUACGAAAAGAUAGCUAAAAGAGUAAUGCCCUCGAUUAGAUAUGAAGUCGGAAAGAGUUAAUAAUGACUGAGGUAUCAUUCAAUCUUGCCUUAAUCAUUA